CGGAAGUGCACGUUAACUUCCGGUUUCGGUGGCUGAGCGACAGACUGUGUCCCUGGCGCUGCUGCGAGUCGCAGUAUGCAGACAGCCAGAGCCAUGGAGAAAUUUAAGCUGGCCCUGGUGCAGCUCCUGGUCUCCUCUGUGAAGUCCGAUAACCUGAAAAGAGCUUCCGAGCUAAUAAAGAAGGCGGCACAGCAAGGAGCGCAGAUCGUGGCCCUGCCGGAGUGCUUCAAUUCUCCUUACGGUACCAAAUUUUUUCCGGAGUAUGCUGAGAAGAUUCCUGGGCAGUCCACACAGAUACUGUCAGAAGUAGCCAAGGAAUGUGGGAUCUACCUUAUUGGAGGCUCCAUUCCAGAAGAGGAUUCUGGGAAAUUAUACAACACUUGUACAGUUUUUGGACCAGAUGGCACAUUGCUGAUCAAACACAGAAAGAUCCACUUGUUUGAUAUUGAUGUACCAGGGAAAAUUCGUUUUCAAGAGUCUGAAACGCUGAGUCCUGGAGAUAGCUUCUCUGUGUUUGAUACACCCUUUUGCAAAAUUGGAGUAGGCAUCUGCUAUGACAUCAGAUUUGCAGAACUUGCCCAGAUAUAUACCAAGAAAGGCUGUCAGUUGUUGGUGUACCCAGGGGCAUUUAACAUGACAACUGGUCCAGCACAUUGGGAAUUACUACAAAGAGCUCGGGCUUUAGAUAAUCAGGUCUAUGUAGCCACGGCCUCACCUGCUCGAGAUGAUAAAGCCUCGUAUGUAGCCUGGGGACACAGCACUGUGGUCAGCCCAUGGGGAGAAAUCAUUGCAAAGGCUGGAGCAGACGAGACCAUCAUUUCUGCAGAGAUCGAUUUGAAGUACCUGGCAGAGAUCCGACAGCAGAUACCUAUUCACACACAGCGCCGCCAUGAUCUCUACAGUGUAGAGGAGAAGUGAACUGUGUGUCCGUCUUAACACAUUUCCCUGAUGGAAGUUCACGCCGUGAUACAGAGAGUUAUAGAGAACAUAAAAUCAAAUUUUUUCUGAUUAAAAAGCAGAUUUGUCUGUUACUUGUGGAAAUUAGGGGCACAUUCACAUAGUGAUAUUUUUCCUGAUGCGGGUUUUAUCAUUUUUUUUUUUUCAAAAAGGCUCAUGUACAGGAGAAUGUACUGGUAUCCGUGUAAUGGACAUCCUGACUAUGCUGCCCAUGUUAUCCUAUGGAGUUAUGCACACUGCUGUAUUUUAUAUAGUGGUACCGUAUUUUUUGCCCUAUAGGACGCACCGGCGUAUAAGACGCACCCUAUUUUUAGGUGCAAAAUCUAAAAAAUUAAAGAUUUUGAACCCAAUAGUGGUCUUCAAUCUGCGGACCUCCAGA